AUGUAGACAAAAUGUUACUCAAGACUUACUUGCUUGGCACGUCCGCGCAAUGUUUCCAACGUGUGAUUAAGCAAUUAAGUCAAACGUUCGUUUAUCGUACAGGAGCUUUCCCGUUCGUGUGAAAUGCGGCUUCUCAAGCCUGCCUGGGUCGCCCAUGAUGGAAUGCCCAUCUUUUCUGUGGACAUCCAUCCCGAUGGCUCAAGGUUUGCUACAGGAGGGCAAGGUGAGGAUGGGGGCACAGGUAAAGUGAUGGUGUGGAAUAUGGCACCUGUGAGAGAUGAGAAGUGUGAGAAAGAUGAGAAGAUCCCCAAAUUGCUCUGUCAGAUGGACAACCAUUUAGCGUGUGUGAACUGUGUGCGCUGGUCUCAUAACGGGAAGUAUUUGGCCUCCGGUUCAGAUGAUAACAUUGUGAUGAUCUGGCAGCUGGUCAGGUAUGGAGGUCCAUCCAGCGUGUUUGGUUCCAGCGGUAAAGUGGUCAACCAUGAGCACUGGAGGUGUGCCAGUACACUGCGGGGACAUUCUGGUGAUGUGUUGGACCUGGCUUGGUCAGCUCACGAUGCCUGGUUAGCAACAUGUAGUGUGGACAAUACAGUCGUUGUCUGGAAUGCCCUUAAAUUCCCAGAGCAGAUAACAGUUUUGAGAGGUCACUCUGGGCUGGUCAAAGGCGUCACCUGGGACCCAGUGGGCAAAUACCUGGCUUCUCAGUCUGAUGACAAGAGUGUUAGGGUGUGGAGGACCCUGGACUGGCAGCAGGAGCUUGUCAUCACAGAACCGUUCAAAGAGUGUGGAGGGACAACCCAUGUGUUACGGCUGAACUGGUCCCCAGAUGGUCACUACAUCGUGUCCGCACAUGCUAUGAACAACUCGGGACCCACAGCACAGAUCAUAGAGCGCGAGGGUUGGAGGACGGCCAUGGACUUUGUGGGACAUAGGAAAGCUGUCACUGUUGUGAGAUUUAACCCUUGUAUACUCUCCAAGAAAGUAAAGAAAGACACUCCUAAGCCCCAGCAGUAUUCGUGUUGUGCUAUUGGAAGUCGAGACCGGUCCUUGUCAGUGUGGCUGACAGCUCUGAAGCGCCCUCUAGUGGUGACCCAUGACCUCUUCUCCAGCUCAAUUAUGGACAUCUCCUGGUCUCAGAGUGGCAUGGAGCUCAUCUGUUGUUCCUGGGACGGGACGGUUGCCUUUAUAGAUUUCUGUAGGGACGAGAUCGGGGUUCCUUUGUCCCGACAGGAAGUGAUCUCCCUCCAUGAGCGUGUCUAUGGAAACAGCCUGGCAGCUAACAGUUACAACCCAGCCAAUCAGGUGGUAGAAUCAGCUGCUCUACUGAAACUACAACAACAGGAACAGGAGAGGCGAGCAGCCAAUCAGGCAGCCUUACAGCAAACCCCAACAGCCUCGCUGACCAAUGGCGAGAGCCCAAUGAAGCCAACAGAUAAGCAGAUUGAAACGACAACCCCUGAUGGCAGGAGAAGAAUCACUCCUAUCUUUUUGGCCCCUCAGCCGGACUUUGGCACGACCAUACAGUUUGCAACAACCUCCGAGCCGAGUAAAAUCAUCGUGGAGAAACAGAACCGAGUGACACAGCCAGGUCUCAAUAUCAGCGGCAACUCUCUCUCCACCUCCCCCAAGUCUCUGCCAGGCAACCAGUCCCAGCCCGGGACACAGGGGCCCUCAGGGGUAGACAAAGAGUCCCAUUCUCAGCCCGCCAUGCUAAGUCAACCCUCCAGCCCAACGCCAUCUGCCCCCAUACAAGUCCAGCCAAUGACUCCACUCGCUAGUAAGAAAGAUGAUGAGAAGAGGAUAUCUCCUAAAGAAAGGGUGGGGGACAAAUCUGCAGAUGAUGACGGUCAGGGCCGGGGCAGCGUGCUGAAACUGAAGAAGAAACAUGAUCCUGACAGACCUAAGAAAAGAUUCAAAAAGGGCAAGGAAUUGGGCCGAAACAGGCACUACCUAGACACGUCAACUCCAGGAGAUGGGUCAAGGGAGGUAGAUAGAAAUAGGCUCUACCAGGACACAUCAAUUCCAGUACAUCUGCAGGAAUGUGGAACAAGGGAUUGGAGAGAAGUAUGCACAACGUGGACCUAUCAACUCUGUUUAAUGUGUAUUGUUGUAAUUUUCUUACAGGUGACCACAGAGAAGGAGUCCGUCAGAGUCGUGUACACCUCUCCGGAUCCACAGCUGCCCGUGGCCAGCAUUGACAAACGUCUCACUUAUGAGAUCGCUAGUGCUGACUCCAGUGAGGUGGGUGGGCUGGUGUUAGAAGUGGAGAAUGGUAUACAAUCAGGGGCAGCAACUCUUCACAAGGUGUCCUUCAUGCAAGAUGGCACGACUCUCUGGGAACAUGUGUUUUCUCACAAGAUCCUGACAGUGGCAGCCAGUCGACAUAUUGUUUGUGCAGCGUGUGAUGAUAACACAGUGUCAGUCUUCAGUGCUGGAGGAAAGAAACUCUUUCCCAGUUUAGUGCUAAACUCCAAAACCUCCUUCCUUGACUGCAAAGAUUUCCAUGUAAUGGCUGUAACCAGUAAGGGCAGUGUCAAUGUUUGGAAUAUGAAAGGUCCAAAGUCUGUGAUAAAAAACGAAUCUCUUUCUCCGUUGUUAUCAGGUAGUAGUACGUCUGUGAGUAAGGCCUACCUCACACACGAGGGCGUACCUGUACUAGUGUUGUCUGACGACAAGAGUUACACUAUGAACCCGGAGUUUGGAUGCUGGGUGGUUGUAUCUCAGAGACAGGAUUUACUUUACCAGUGUUCUGACCACUACAGCUCUCAGCCCCUCCAGCAGGUCAAAGGUCCCCUGUCUUCUCUACAGUCUGCCCAACACAGGUUUGGGGGUCAGGCCAGGGCUAUAUACCGCACCAGCCCUCCCCUGCAGCAGGCCUCCACCGUCAGUUACCUGGAGAAUCAGCUGGCUGUUUGCUCCACGCUGAAGUCUGCCUCUGAAUACAAGUUCUGGCUCUCAACUUACAUCCGCUUUCUGGCACAGGAAGGCCUGGAGGGUAAGCUGAGGGAAGUUUGUGAUGACCUGCUGGGACCGGUGUUUAAAUCCAGCUCUAAACCAGCCUGGGAUGCAAAUAUUCUGAGUCUGUCCAAGAGAGAGUUGUUACAGGAACUACUGCCUCUGGUCGCCACAAACCUUCAGCUGCAGAGGAUUUACACCGAGUACCAGGAGCAGCUCGACACAGUCAAGUUAUGACCUCUGACCUUACAGGAACCAGCUUUGAUCCUUUGAUCUCCAGCAGCAUGCAUUGUUGGAUUUGUAUGAUCGUUUGGUGAAGCAGGAAUGCGUUAUGGAAACGUCUGUAAAGUGUGGUGUUUGACACCAAUGGAUGCCUUGAGAGAGUACUGUGUAACUUGUGAUUAUAGAGCAAGAUUCCAUUUUGGAAGGAAGAUGACUUUUGACUGAACAGACUGGAUUCCAUUUUUGAAAGGGGAGAUAACCUAUAAUGGAACAGGAUGCCAUUUUGGAAAGGGGAGGUGACUUUUGACUGAAAGAGUGCAUUUUGGAUGCAGGUGUGUUUGGAAUGGAUGUGACUCAGCAGGAAUGCACUUGCGGUGGAUAAGACUUUUGACUCAACAGGAGUGCACUUGGGAUGGAUGAGACUUAGACUCAACAGGAGUGCGUUUGGGUGGAUGAGACUUUUGACUCAACAGGAGUGCACUUGGGAUGGAUGAGACUUUAGACUCAGCUGGAGUGCUUGUGGGUGGAUGAGAUUUUUGACUCAACAGGAGUGCACUUGGGAUGGAUGAGACUUUAGACUCAGCAGGAGUGCGUUUGGGUGGAUGAGACUUUUGACUCAACAGGAGUGCACUUGGGAUGGAUGAGACUUUAGACUCAGCAGGAGUGCGUUUGGGUGGAUGAGACUUUUGACUCAACAGGAGUGCACUUGGGAUGGAUGAGACUUUAGACUCAGCAGGAAUGUACAUACAUGUUAGGAGUGAGGUGUGUCCUUCAAAUGAGCCGGAGUUCAUUGUAUAUGCCUGUUAAUGUACCAGAAUAUCAGAAUGACUUUUGACCUUGUGAGUCUGAAAUCUAGAAAUGGAUUGUGAGAUUCCUGACUAAGAAUUCCGUGUAACUUUAAGUGAAAUGUGCAUGAAAUGUGUAAAGCAUUCAAAGCAGCACAGCUUGCUUUAGACUAUGGUUUUGUUAUCAGUACUCAUUCACACUUAACUACAUGCUCAGUAUUAAGAAAUGGCAGGAAAAUUCUGGAUCUUAAAUCUACUAAUGGUUGUCCUGCCUAGCUGUGACUGAGGGCAUUCCAUGUAUCUAUAAACAACCAGAAUUUUGAAGGUGUCCUAGGCUUAGAUCAGGUCAAGCCUUUAUAUGGGGUAUUAUCCUGGAACAAAUGUAGAUUUGAACUUAAACGCUAGUUUCCAUUUCUGUCAUGGAGGUUGAAGACAGGUUUUGUAUUAUAAUCCAUAAAGCCAGUCACCAAGUAGUGCAUUAAACUGUUAAGACUGUGUCUGGCUUAAGUUUAAGCCAAAGUUUAGGCCUUCAUCAUAAUCAGAAGUUCAAGUUCUCAAAUAUUCAAAUCGUGAUAACGUAUUCUUAACAUAACGUGUGUUCACAACCCCAGCCCCGAGCCCACCACCAGCAGCAUCAAAAAUUAAGCAUUUCAGUCAUACUUAAAAUUUUGAUGCAAGUCAGACUGGCUACAGGUGUUAAAUUGGCCCACCUAAUAUAAUUACUGUAGAUCAGUUGUGAAGAUACACAUGACUGGUUCAAAGAAAACUCACCUGAGUUAUGUGUGUAAACAUCCCAGACAUAGUUCCACUUUCUGUUUUGGUAUCGUGGUACGAAAUGAUCAAAAUAUUGCAGUUCUUGCGUCAUAACUCCUUGUGCCCUAAGUGAGUGUUCUGAAAAUUAACAUACCAGUGAUCACAACUCAUUAAGAUAAUGGUUUGGAGUGCUGCUAGAUGGCUCAAUUAAAUGUCUCCAAAAGUUUUAGGUGUCGAAUUACAUGUAUUGACGCGGUCGAUAAUUGUAAUACCGUGAAUGUAAUUGAAUCUCUUUCGGGUUAUGCUCAGGGCCCUCCACUAUGCCUAAAACCAUUCAAAGUGCUUAAACUAUUCUGAAAGUAACUUCUUGUAGACUAGAUUUAUAAACUUGAUCCUUAUAAAUCCAUGUAUUUAUGAAUGUGUUUUAUUAGUUGAACAAAAUGACUGUGAAGUUUAUCACAUAUCACGUAGGUUUAUACAGAGAUUGCUUUUGUAUAAAUAUCCCUGACUUUGAAUUUCUCAAAUAAAUCAGAAAAAAUGAAAUU